UGUUAAACUGAGUGAAUGAAGCUGCAGGACAAUGGAGGACAGCUCCAUGAGGAGGAGGAGGAGGAGGAGGAGGAGGAGGAGGAGCAGCAGCUGUGUUUGGAGGCAGGCUCGGUUCGGAUUGGUCCAACGAGUCACAGGACGAAGUAAAAAAAACCGAAACAUUGAGUCAGUUGAAGCUUUGGGAGCAGCUGCAGCUUCAAACUCUCCGACAAUGAGCGAAUCACUGGUGGUGUGUGACGUGGAUGAGGAUCUGGUGAAAAAGCUGAAGGAGUUUCGUUUCCGGAAGGAGACCAACAACGCGGCCAUCGUCAUGAAGAUCGAUAAAGACAAGCAGCUGGUGAUUCUUGAAGAAGAACACGAGGAUAUUUCUCCUGAUGACCUAAAGGAUGAACUCCCUGAGAGACAGCCCAGAUUUAUCGUCUACAGUUACAAAUACCAGCACGACGACGGACGCGUCUCCUACCCUCUCUGCUUCAUCUUCUCCAGCCCAGUGGGUUGCAGACCGGAGCAGCAGAUGAUGUACGCGGGAAGCAAAAACAAACUGGUGCACACCGUUCAGCUGUCCAAGGUGUUUGAGAUCAGGAACACAGAGGACCUCACAGAGGAGUGGCUCAGAGAGAAGCUCGGCUUCUUCGGCUAAAGUCGCCUCAUCUCGUCCGGUGGUCUGGGGGAUGCGAGGAAGGAGCGGGAUCCAGAUUGCACAACUUGUGUCGUCUCUUGGGAAGAUCACACAUGCACACACACACACACACACACACACACACAGUUAACGUUUCCCUCCUCUUUGUAACAGACCUGAUUUAAAUAGUGUUUGCAGAUACGUUCUGUACUCGGUUUUUGGCAUAUUUACAAUCCAGCGUGCCGGAAGGUUCAGACAAUCACAAUCCGGUGACUGUCGACUAAACCUCGACUACCCGGCUGCCAAAACUAAAAAUACUAUUUGACGCAGGUCUGCUUUAGUGUCCCGUACGAUCUCUCCAUGUGCCAGUCGUGUCUGUGUUGAAUUAACACUCCCAUCGCUCUUAAAGCGAACGGAAAUCGAUAGUAUACAUCCAGCUUUGUUAAAUAAUUCAGGAGAAUUUAAAGGCAUUUUAACAAACAGUUUCUGUUUCUUUAAGUAGUUUACACUCAGUGUUUUUAUGUUUAUCAUUUUUUCAGUCUUACUUUUAGAUUUCUUUCCAUUUUUGUUGGGUCACAUUAGCAUAUACUUUAAUUUCCUUUUGUUGUGAACACAAACCUCCUGCCAGAACAUCUAGAUAAAAAUUCAGCUUUAGUCAGCCUCUCGUUUAAACUGUAAAUAACACUAAGACCAUCCGAUGACUUAAAUAUGACGUGUCGUACCGUCUCCUGUGCACAUGAACAAACUGGCAACAACAAGUUGGUGCUUAUCGCCCCGGCAGAUUUCUCCCAGUAGUCCAUCCUCAGAUCGCAUCUUUCUCGGCGAAGCUGUAACUCUGCCUUCGUCCCGCGAUACAAGACGACAUUCCAAACCGAACAGUUCCUAACCCGCGACAAACCUCUUGUCUCGAUAACACUGCACACGGAGGGCGGCGUUACCCGCCACUCUUUUUAAAUCUACUGGGCUGCUCUGUACACGUGGGUUACUGCGUCUUUUUAGGGAGAUCGUUAGCUGAUAUUGCGCAUUAUAGCUAUUGCUGUUAUUUAGUGUUUUAUGAAUGUUGUGCUUCAUGCUGAUGUAAAAGCCACUUUCGAUCGCUUAGUGGUUGUUCGCGGACUCGAGAACGACGGCUGUGACUUCUCUCCAAAAUGCCGUUUGUGCUUCAUGACCUCGGUAGGUUAAAGGACGGCAUCUUUUCAUUUUUCCACUAACGGACCAGGGUUCGACCAAUAUCGCUUUUUAAAGGCCGAUACUGACGUGUGUGUGUAUUGAAUGUGCCAGCAGCUCAUCUUUCGUGCCAAUAUCUAUCAUCUACAGUGCUUUUUUUUCUGUUCGACGUGCUGUAGUAAAGUUAAAAAGACUCUAUUUGGUUAUUUUUCAUGCCCAAAAGUCACACUUCUUCCUCCUUUACCCAAAAAAUUGCUCUUAGCAGCAGAGCAACCAACUCCAAAUGGAUAAAACCACCUAAAGAUGUACUUCAAAUGUUAUUUCCGCUGCUCUUGUGAAAGCUGGGAGAGAGAAACAAGUGUAAUAUCAGCUCAGCGUAUCGGUCCGACCCUAAAAAAAGAAUAACGGGCACAUGUGAUCUCAUCAGUUCAUCUCUUUAAUGAGAAAACACAAAAUGUAUGAUGUCGUACUGCUAAAAAUCUACCAUACCAAUGCCUUGUCUUAAUUUUAUGAGUUAAUUUUUGGGAUAUUUACGUCUAGAACACUAGAAGGUGAUUGGAAACGCUUUGUUGGGGGGGAUUAUGUUUUGUUUUUUUAAGACACUAAUUUUCUGAUCUGUAAAAUCCAAAAAGAUGUCAUCUUCUUCUUUUUUUUUGUCUGUUUAAGGUUAUAAAACAAUAAUAGAAAGUUUCUUCUUCCAGAGAUCUGACUGAACGACGUGUACGCACAAUCGCAGCGCAUCACGUAGAUCGUUUAUGAUUUACAUGUCACGGCAGGGUUUAAUCCAACAGGGAACACUGGGGUAUAACUGUAAUCACGUGUCUCACUGAAGAUUCACAUCAUCAGCUCCGUAUUAGCCAGUAUUAUGCUGCUGCUGCUGCAGAAAAACAUCAUUCCACAUAAAGGGAUCAAAGUCUUAGUCGAGCUGAUGAUGGUAAAUUCAGUUUUGGGACUCUACGACCUGCAAAAACUCAAAUGCACAAUCGAAAUCAAAGAUUCUUUUGGACGUUUUAAAAUGUGCAACGUUUGAUGUGAAAAUGAAACUUUUUAAAAAACCUCUAAAAUGUGGAGAGCUACUGUAAAGGAAGUGCAUGCUUUAACGUGUAUCUGCACAGUUUUCAUGAGAAUUCGCUGCUGUGGCACAUGCAUUACAUCCUGAAUAUUUAACAUGAUUAUUAAAUGAAUUUGAUUAGAUCGAUACGUUUUAUUUGCAUAAACAAACAUCCUGACAGAAACCUUCUGCUACUGCUAUUUUUAACGGAAAUAGGUUGUAAGAGACCGUCGAUCAUGUAUCAAAAUCAAUCUGAUAUAUUGAUAUUGAGCCAUGCAUCCGGUUACGUCCUGUGGAUCUAAUAGCUUUCCCUCCUCUGUGGUGAACUUGUUGUAUAUUUUACCUGCAAGUGUGUUGUUCAGCUCUUGGUGUCCUCCUUCUCUCUCUGAUCAAAUGCUUCUAUUAUUGUUCAUUUUUAAUAUAGAAACACACCUGAGACAUGUAUCAUAACCAGCUGCCUCGUGGCAUCAGUGAAACUUGAGAUAUUUGUAUUUUCCCAUACUUUAUAAAGUGUCUAUUGUCUAUUGUCCAAAUAAAAUGACAGUGAUGUUUAA